GGAUUUUUAUUUAUUUAUAGUAUUUUUUCGGGCGGCAGCAAUGGCGGCAAUCGUAGCUACAGUUGGGCCAACGAUGGCGGGUGUGACUUCACCAAAUUCAUCUAUUUCUUUUUCUGGUCACCUCUGGCCUUCUCUUCACCUUGAAAUGGACAACAGAAUGCAAAAAGUAACAGUGUAUAAGAUAAAGCAAUAAGCUUCACUUUGGUAGCAGCAGAGCAGAAACAAAGGAUGUGUCGAUUGUUGAAGUAAUGGACACAGUUUAUCAAAGCACCAAAGCCAACUUCCCCGCCUCUUCCUUUUUCACCUAUAAAGAUAAUGAAAGUUGAUGCUGCAGCAGCUGCAGUUCAGGUCCGUCAUGACAAGACCAUUAGAUUUGGAGAGAGGCAAAGUCGAAGCUGCACCACUUGUGGAUUACUUUCUUCUAUCAAAGCUGUAGAAAACAGCUCAGAUGAGGUAAUCGCACAAGAAAUGGAAGAAGCAGAAGAAGAGAAUCUGAAUGUUUCCCAAAUCAAACAACACCUCUUUGCUGCUCUACAAGGCAUAAAUAGAGGCAUAUUUGGAGUCCCAUCAGCCAAGAAAAGUGAAAUCCAAAAACUGGUUGAGCUUCUUGAGUCUCAAAAUCCCACACCUCAACCCACUCUCUGCUUAGAUAAGGUAGCUGGAGCUUGGAAGCUCAUCUAUAGCACCAUUAGUAUUCUCGGCUCGAAAAGAACUAAACUAGGAUUGCGGGAUUUCAUUAAUUUGGGAGACUUCAUCCAAAUUAUAAAUGUUGCUCAGGGUAAAGCUGUAAAUGUGAUCGAGUUCAGUGCCAAAGGGCUGACUCUACUGAGUGGACAGUUAACAAUUGAUGCUUCUUUCAGGAUUGCCUCAAAUUCACGAGUCGAUAUCAAUUACCAAAAGUCAGUGAUCACCCCAGAUCAGUUGAUGAAUGUUUUCCGCAAAAACUACGAUGUGCUUCUAGAAAUCUUCAAUCCUGAUGGUUGGCUCGAGAUCACAUAUGUUGAUGAUUCAUUGAGAAUCGGCAGAGAUGACAAAGGAAAUAUCUUCAUCUUAGAGAGUAAAAAUUUGCUGACUUGUAAUCACUGGUUCAUUCAUAUCCUUUUGGUUUUUGAUGUGGUAAUACAUUAUCUGACAGGAACAAGUUAAACAAAUCCCCCCAAAAUGGCUAAAAUUUACAUUGGCCAUUGUCAACUUCACUGUCUUGUUUCUAGAUGUGCCAGUUGAUGGAGCCCUGGGCUUGAAAUUUGGUGGAAACAAUACUUUAUUACAUUUGCAUCCUAGAAACGGGAGAGAGAGACGGAUCUCGAGUCACCGUCUGCCUGCAACAGCUGCCUUGCCAUCUCCGAUCAUCAGUCGACAGCCGUGCCAUCAACACUGAACCAACCAAAUUUCUGUUUUCUUUUUCCAAUUCUAUUUGUUUUAAUUUAUUCUAGCUUUCUAUCAACUGUAGUUCUUGUUAUUUCAAUAUGGUGUCUGGAACUAUAAGAAAUCUUAUGAUGAUGGAUUUUACUUGGUGAAAUCAAGUUUCUUUUAAGGUC